CACUGAUCCACCUUAUCCAUUAUGAAUCCCCAUAAAAGUUGGACUUAACACCACAUUGACUCCCACUCUCAAAAGAAACCAUACGCAAAAUCAUCAGCAAGCACUCAUUUUUUUCCUAUUGACUCCCAGUCUAUCAAAAGCUGCUGAUAACAACGAAGCCAUGCAUCUGUAUAUCUUCCAAUCCGCAUUUCUCUCACCAUCUCCACCCUUCCACUGUUUCCAUAUCAAUGGAAGACAGCUUUCUCUCACUAAAACCCAUUUCCUCCCGUCUUCUCAGAGCUUUUCAUCACUCGGCGACUUCCAUAUUAGGGCGGCGAGACAGAGGAGGGCAAGGGCUAUAUCCUCCUCUUUGAUUGAGAGUCCUGUGCUCUGGGCCGGGAGGCUCUGCAUCUUCUACGCUCUGCUGAAAGCCGGCCUUGCUGGCUCCGCAUCAAAUCCUUUUAUCUCCUCAGGGUUGGAUGAUGGGGAUGAUAUGGGGUUUUUCAAAUGGAUUGAGAGCCUGCAGGGCAUUGGAUCAGACGAAAAAGAAGCGAGGAACAGAAGGAAACUAGUAAGCAAAUGGCAUCCUACGACAAAAGGCACGUUGAAGCGUAGCUAUAGGGUACCGUCUAAGGCUGAAGGUCGUCGUCUUCUCCAAAAUAUCGCCUCUUUGCUUUCUGAGGAUGAUCAUUUCAUAGAUGCCACCUCACACAAGGGUUGUCGAAUAAGAAGGGAGAGUGCACAUGGAGAAAGUGUGUGCUGCAAUAAUGUGAGAGCGCUCUUUGAUGAGCUCCCAACACCUCAUCUUGUUGUUGAGAUUACUGCUUUUCCUGCUGGACCUCUCACAGAGAAAGACUACGUGAAAGCAGAGAAGCUUGAGAGAGUGUUAAGGUCUGGCUCUUCUGUUUGAAUCAUUGAAGUGUUGUAAUUUCUCAGAUAGAUUUUUUGCUCGGAUGUGUAAAUAAUGGUAUGUUUUUUCUUCAUAACUUUGGCUACCUAAUGUUAUUCUUUGUGGGCUUAUUUCUAUUUGGAAGAUUUACAUAUA